AUGAAGGUCGUAUUGUCCUCUUCGAUUUCUGAAACCGACUAUGAGUUGGUUAAGAAUGAAGUGCUGACAUCAGCGACCGGAAACCAAUACGAAGUCCUUGAAUUCCUUGGCAAGGGCACCUAUGGCCAAGUUGUAAGAUGCCAACAGAAGGGGACAACCAGAAAUGUCGCAAUAAAAGUACUCGAAAAUGAUCCGCGAAAUUCAAAAAAACGCGACAACGAAGUAUCAAUAAUUCAGCAAUUGUCGGUUGAAAACCCUGCAUACAAUUUUGUGCAAGCCUUUGAGUUUUUCGAACACAAGCAGCACAAAUGCAUUGUUUUUGAAAUGCUUCGACAAAGUCUCUUCGACUAUGUCGUGGAGAGAGAAUCCCAUUGUUUACCACUGAAGCAUAUUCGCCCUAUCGUACAGCAGCUGUUAACAGCACUAGACAAGCUAAAGACGCUUGGGCUGAUACAUGCCGACUUAAAGCCGGCGAACAUUAUGCUUGUCGAUCCAAUACGUCAGCCUUUCCGGAUCAAGGUGAUCGAUUUUGGUUUGUCAAUAAGCGUAAGUGAGGCGGCUAUCGACUCGUGUGUUCAGUCGAGGUUCUAUCGUGCCCCGGAGGUACUUUUAGGCUUUCCGUUCAAUGAAGCAAUUGAUAUGUGGAGUUUGGGCUGCCUCAUGGCCGAACUCUUUCUCGGAUGGCCGCUGUACCCUGGGAGAUCGGAAUACGACCAAAUCAGGUACAUUGUAGAAACUCAGGGUCUCCCAGCCUCAAAUGUACUGAAUUCGGGUGCCCGUACAAGGCAGUUCUUUGUCCCAGUAAGAACGCCUUUGCUGAAAUCUCAUUUCUGGAGGCUCAAAAGCCGACACGAGUUUGAGGCUGAAACACGAAUUCGUUCAUGCGAGAACAGAAUAUAUAUCUUCGAUUCCCUGAGAGACCUAGCAAAGGUGAAUCCGCCAAUGAAUCUAGAACUAGACAAUACAGAAGCAUUGGCGGAAAAAGCAGAUCGACGCCAGUUCACUGAUUUGGUCGAACGAAUGCUGUCUCUUGAUCCGGAUACUCGCAUUACACCAAAAGAUGCCGCCAAUCACAAUUUCAUGAAGCUAAAACACCUCGACAGAUAUGAUUUCUGCAGGCAUGUCAGGCACUCAGUUGAGAUAAUGGAAGAGUUGUCUGACCGAGCUAUGCAUUUCCGCGCGGCCGCGCAGGCCGCUGCAUACGCUUCCAUGUACCAACAACCGAUUGCUGUCGCCACCGCCAUGCUUAAUUAGGCAUCGACAGCAAAAAAUAUUGGUUGGAUAAAAAACAAAAAUAUAAGGUGAUAAGCCUGAAGCUUUAAGCUUCAGAAGCAUAUGGAUUCAUCUGCUCAACUCGUCCUAGUCAUCGAUACUUCGAAUUAUUGUGAUACCAUUGAAAUAUGUAUUUUACUAUAACGGGUGAUAUACAUCUAUAAGAUGCAAAUUAUUACUGUGAUAUUAUUACUAAAAAAACACAUACGAAUUUAUUUAGUGAGAGGUCACAUGCAGAUAUAUAUUGCACAUACG